GUGUACAAUCUGUCUCAGAAUGUCCAGGAAGAUGACCUCCAGCACCUGCAGCUCUUCACUGAGUACGGACGACUGGCCAUGGAGGAAGUCUAUGAGAAACCCUUCCAGACUCUGAUGUUCCUGAUCAGAGACUGGAGUUACCCCUACGAACAUCCGUACGGUCUGGAGGGAGGACAGAGCUUCCUGGAGAAACGGCUGCAGGUGAAGCAGAACCAACACGAGGAGCUGCAGAACGUCAGGAAACACAUCCACUCGUGCUUCUCCAACAUCGGCUGCUUCCUGCUGCCUCACCCCGGCCUCAAGGUGGCCACCAACCCGCACUUCGACGGACGGCUCAGAGAUAUCGAUGACGACUUUAAGAAGGAGCUGGUGAACCUCGUUCCGACGCUGCUCUCUCCAGAGAACCUGGUGGAAAAGGAGAUCGGAGGAGUCAAAAUCACCUGCAGGGACCUGCUGCACUACUUCAAAGCUUACAUGAAGAUCUACCAGGGAGAGGAGCUUCCUCACCCCAAGUCAAUGCUGCAGGCAACAGCUGAAGCUAAUAACCUUGCAGCUGUAGCAGGAGCCAAAGACUUGUACAACAAAAGCAUGGAGCAGGUCUGCGGUGGAGACAAACCCUACAUGUCCCCGACUGAGCUGGAGCGCCGUCACACAGAGCUGAAACAGGCGUCGGUGCGACACUUCCGCUCCGUCAAGAAGAUGGGCGGCGAGGACUUCUGCCGGCGCUACCAGGAGCAGCUGGAGGCGGAGCUCGACGAGGCCUACGCCAACUUCAGCAAGCACAACGAUGGCAAGAACAUCUUCUACGCCGCGCGAACGCCCGCCACGCUGUUCGCCGUCAUGUUCAUCAUGUACGUGGUGUCGCUGGUCACGGGCUUCGUGGGCAUCAACUCUGUGGCCACGCUGUGUAACCUGGUGAUGGGCGUGGCUCUCACGGCGCUCUGCAUCUGGGCUUACGUCAAGUACUCCGGAGAGUUCCGCGAGGUCGGAGGAGUCAUCGACCAGGUGGCUGAAACCCUCUGGGAACAGAGGACUCCUCGAAAGGUUUUCUCCAAACUCUUCGAAGUGGCCCGGAGUCGAGUCCCGUUGGGAAGCCUCAUCCCAGCGCCGCGACCACGGCUCGCCUCGAACAACAACGUCAAGAAGAAAAACUAGCAGCAGUCAUACGUACCCCCCUCUCCCUCUCCCUCUGCUGAGUUUUCAAACGGCGUUUUUAGGACGGUUUGAAAUGUGUAAAUCUGUUUUUGUUCCCUGACUGUAGAUAAUGGUUCCUCGCCGUGCUGGCGGUAGGUUUAAGGACUCGCUGUAGACCCGGACGAAGCAGUGUGAUGUAUUUUAUUAUUUGUCAGUGGGCGGGGUAUAGGUAUUUAUUGGUGGGAGGGUCCAUUAUUCUAUCACUGAGUGUCAUCCCAGGUAUGUGUUCACCUGUAGGACGACGACAACUCGACAUUAAUGAUUCCCAUCUAUGUGAAUGUAUGAAUGAAGAGCAUGACCACUGACCCUCCUCACGGUUUCCCUCCUCUCCUCCAUCCUGUCGUCUCCGUCAGGUUCGUUUCUGUCGCUGGGCGGCGUCACGAGGAGGAGUCACAACCAAAGUUUACAGCUUUACUCUUAAAGACUCUCUGACUGAGCGGACUGACAAGGUGUUUAAGACUUCUGGGAACAGCUCGGUUUCAGGGAAAUCCCAGAAUCAUAAAGUCACAUUUGUGUUUCUACAUUCCUGCGCAGGUUGAUCUCGUUUUAUCUUAAUGUCUGAAUCAAAAACUCUACAGAUCUGUCUGGAAAUUGGAGGAAACAACAAAUACAUGCUUAAGCGUUGAGAUUCAUUCUCCACCACAAAUCUGUGGUAAAUAUUCACAUAUAUUCAAAUAUUCACACAGCUCUUCCUGGAGUGAAGGGAACGCACACGUUCUCGCUCCCAGCUCAUCACAUAAGGUUAACUACGCUUCAAACUCUGAUGCUGUAGGUAACCUCGAGCAUCAUUUCCAGUCACUCAAGGAUUUUGCUCAAGUGCUAGCAUGGCUUUGGAUGACGUUGAUCGUGAUUCCAACUUGACUAAGAAACCACAGCAGAAGACUGAGCUCAACUCGACAUGUUUAUUGCUUUAUUUAAAUCCACCAAUCGUGAAUAAAUAUGCAGGAAUCGAAUAAUCGAGAAGUUCUCUAAACGUUCUCCUGCAGACAGUUAAGGCCUUUGCACACCAAGUUACGUAUGCGUUUUUUAAAUCCGUCAUCCAAUAGAAAUUGUUACCCACAGAGUCCGAUACGCUUCGUUUUAAAAUUCACAAUACGAGACAGUCAUCAUGCAGUGGUGUAGACUGGACUCAAGACUUUUCCUCUUGUCUUAGACUUGUUGGUCUUCACAAAGUCCAGCAAAAUGUUUUAAUGAAGUAACUUGGUGUGCAAAGGCCUUUACGGUUCCAAACCAGGUUUCCAUGAGUUUGUCUGGGGAAGUAGAAGUGUGAGUGUGAUGAGCUGAAUUUCCCCAAAACCCUCUGAGCCCUGAAGUCGCCAUCGAAAUGUCAGUUGGUCACACGCUGAGUGGACGGACUUACAGACAGAUGUGGUGCUGACCAACAGAAAUGUGUGUAGUUGGUUAAUUUUAGACCAGAUCACGACUUGAUUAUUUUAUUGUUAUUUUGUAAUUCUCAGUAAUGACGAAAUCAUGACUUCAGUAUUGACUUCAUUUACUUUAAAUCAUUUUGAAGUGCAGAGCUUGAGUCGGGGACUUAGGAACUAUUUCUUGACAAACAGUGUAUCCUUCCACCACGGCUCCAGCUGUGUAUUUAAUGCACAUGAGGUUGAUGUUGAUCUCAAAUUUCCAAAAAAGUAAAUGCACGUAUUCACCAAAAUGUCGAACUACUCCUUAAAGUCUUUAACUGUCUCCGUUAUUAUUUAGGGACAUGAGACGUCUUUCCAUAUUUAACCUGGUAGUUCGUGAUGAUGAUCCGCAGUCCUCUUGAUCUGACUGCCUGACAAAUGAAGCUUUUUAAUGUUUUCGUCCAGUUUGACUGAGACCUGUAGAUAAUAUUUAAUUAUUUAACUCAAGUGUUAUUCCUUCUCCUGGAUUCCUCCUCCUCCUCUUCAUCUUGACAAAUCUGAAGACUGAACCACCUCCUCCUGUUUUUAAAGCACCAGAAGCCGUUUAGUAAAACACUAAGAAUCAUGUCACACACUACUAACACUCCGCUUUCCGUUUUUAAAGCCAAAAUCCGAGAAUCGGACGAAUGAAAGGUUCAUUCCAAACGUCGACUGCCGUUUGGGGGUCGGACGCCAUCAAGUUGUCGUUUUGCAGAGUCAUAUUUUCUUUCUUUUAAUCAUCAUUCCAUCCACAACAUCACCACUGUGUGCUUUUUGUUUUUGUACAGUUUAGUUUUUUACAGCCUCAUCCACACAUAGGGCAUGUGUAUGAAAUAUAUACAUAUAUAAAUAUAAAUUUUCUAGACCUUUUUGUAGCUGGAAGAACAACGGUUUGGGUGGUAGACCAGAUUCAGCUCACUGGAUGUAAAGGAAUGCUUUCGUGAUUUGUGGAUAUGUCUAAUAAAUUCCUUUUUUAUAUAUAUAUUUGUAAAUUUAGUCUGACAUGAGCACUGCGAUUCCACCCCCUGCUGGCAAAGAAUGUUUAUAAUCUGGAUCUUCUUUUCCCCUUUUUUGUCUUUUGUUGCAUUUUAAAGUUAUUUUCGUUAAUUUAUUUUUCAGUACAAUAUUAAACCAAACUCCUACAACACA